UCCCCAUAUAUAUCAAAGCAUCGGCUAUUGCUUCAGUUUGGACAAGUACUUAUAUUGAACACACUCGCUUUGCAUUUGCACUUGCAGUGGGCUUGUAGGGUUAGGGUACGUAGUUUUGUUGUGGAAAAAAAAAAAAAAAUUAAUACAUAUAUAUACAUCCACCCCAAUAACCUGUGUAAAUCUAACUACAAUCUAAGUACUAAGCAAGUUGAAGACGCCGCGAUUGUUGCUUGACAGCAGCAGCUCCAUACAGUUUUUGCGUUGAUUUUGUUUAACUCUUGUAGGUAUAAUGGCUGAUGUUCAACCCGAUUCGAUGACCAGCAAUGUUGAUCCAAAAAGUGUACAGGAGUUGACGCAAUACGUACAAACUCUGUUACAAAAUAUGCAGGACAAAUUUCAGACCAUGUCUGAUCAAAUCAUCAAUCGAAUAGAUGAGAUGGGAAACAGGAUAGAUGAUUUAGAAAAGAACAUUACUGAUCUCAUGACUCAAGCUGGAGUUGAAGGAGUUGAAAAGUGAUCUAAUAAUUUACAUUA